AUGUUGCGCUCCUUCUCUGCCACGGCCGCCGCGUUAGUGGUCGUAGCCAUCAAAUCCUAUUCGGCCCUCAUCAAUCAAAUCGGGGGUACCCUGAAUCUUUUCGGGGUCAUCCAAAUGAUUGUCCGUAAAGUCCUCGGCGACGAAACAAUGGCCAUAAUUGACACAGUCCUCGAGACGCUCUCGAACGUAUACCCUCGGACCUGUACACUGGCCGAGCUGACCACCACCAUGCUCACAGUCAUUCUCUGCCAGCUGCGCAGCGGGCCGUACAUCAAGCCACACGGAAGGGCGUACGAGAUGGGUUCGGAUACCCUUACCAUGCAGCUCUUCAGUCGCUUCUCUGUCUAUGCCACCGCAGCGUACUGCAAGAUGCCAGCCAGCAAUGGUCCAAAGCCGGAUAAAGAAAUGAAGCUUGCGGCCAAGAAUUCUAUGAUACAGAGUCAGCUCGGUUUACAUCCGUCCAAGAUAUAUCCCUACGUUAAGGAGAUCAAUAUGCUUGGAAUGGCAAAGAAGCUCGAGCAUUUUGUGGCUGUGGAUGACCAAUACCGCCGCGUUGUGCUCACCUUCAGGGGGACGAGCGAUAUACAUGCGGUGCUGAAGGAUCUCGAUGCACUAUACUGCGAAGCAACGCUCUGGGGCGAGAAGUACCAGGUACAUCAUGGUAUGUGGACGGCGGCCUUGGACUUUGUCAAAACCACGACCACCUUGAGUCAGAUUCGGGAGGCGCUUUCGGCCAACCCUACGUACGCGCUGGCAAUCGUCGGUCACUCGCUCGGCGGGGGUGUUGCUGCGCUUGUUACGAUAUUACUCUCCCGAUAUGCAUUGAAUGGCGGGUUUGAGACAAAUGCGAAGACGCUGGAAGGCCGUACAAUUGAAUGCUUCACAAUCGGAUCAGGCGCCUGUAUGGAUAAUUCUUUGGCCAAAAGAACAAAAUCGAUGAUCUACACCCUCGUCAACGGCUAUGAUAUCGUACCGUAUCUCAGCCUGGGCGUUGUCGCUGACUUCUGUCAGAUGACGAGGAAGGUCUUUGACCGCCCACAACAGCUUAUACGCAUCAUGAGAGAUUUGCUGUUGGAGAAGCCACCUUCUGAAGUUCUACUACACCACCUGGCAUAUUUGAGAGAACAAUCCAGAUUUGAGAGACUGGUGCCGCCGGGCAGGGUGUUUGUCAUUGUUUAUGAUGAGAAAGGGGACGUCGAAGAUGUGGAGGAGGAGAUGAACGUUCAGGAGAGGUUUGGAUACAUCAGUAUGAGGCAGAAGUUGAGAUUGAUCAGUGACCACGCCUUGAGCAAGGGAGAAAGCAUUAGUACUAAGUUACACCGCUUUUCUGUCGUUUAA